AUGGCCAUCUCGUGGGGCAUCUUCCCUCCGCAGCCUUUCCCGGGCUACAGCAUGUACUUCACCUGUUCUCCCCUCACCUCUGUGCCCUGGGGAGAGCCUGGAGGCUUAGUCGAAGAGGCCAUGGGAAGCGACUGUGGUCUUGACAUGGCAGAGGACGGCGGGGCUGAUGGCUUAAGCACCAGCGACCAGAAAGCUUGUCGCGAGCAGUACAAUGCGACCUUCAAGCGUGCGACAUGGUUGGGUGUCCCCCCAGCCUUUUUGCAGCAAAUGGCUGUGUGUGGAAGGUGCACUGUUUGCGCGGCCUUCUCUAAGGUACGUAGUCUCUGGCGAAAAAUCAAGGCCGCAGUCAGGAAGGUGGUGGAGAAACUCCAAGCUAUCAAGCUGUACCUCUUUGGGUACAGCUUUGCUCCCUUCUCCGUCCGUCAGGAGAUGCAGCAGCGAUUUGAUGCGUACUUCCCCGACGAAAGCCAGCAAAACAGCUCUUUGCUGGAGGUGAAGCAGUCGAAGACCGCGGAAGAGGUGGACCACAUCAGGAUGGUGGAGGACGCCUUGUGGAAGCAAUUGGCACAGAAGCCGCAAGCGGAGGCAGAGCAUCACCUGUCUCCGCUGCAAACAAAGAUCGCCGAGGCAGAGAAGAGCGAGGAGGCUUUGCUUGCACAUGCACGGCGCACUGUGGAGUUGGAAACCGUGAGGCAACAGCAAGAGUUUCAGCGGAAGUUGCCAGGCAUGAAGCACAACCUGGACUGCCGCGAGGUGUUGGAGGCUUCUGCAAAGAAAGCUGUCGUAUCGCUAUCGCUGAUUGUGUCAUUCCCGAACGUUGCUGCUGCCAUCGUUCAUGCGGUUUCCUUGAACGUCGUCGGAGCACUACAUUCCCUGAUUCCCAGCGUCUCCAUCACUGCGUCAGGGAACAGGGGCAUCAUCGACAGUUCGAUGGAUCGCUGCCUCGAGGCUCUUCGCGAAGCCCGCGAGCCAUACCUGGACAAAUGCACACAUGAAGCACCGCUGAUGGCAUGCACGGCGCGGACAUACCAGCGACUGAUGCAAGGCGCGCUCUCCCAGCAGUGGUGGCCUCUCAUGCACAACUCUGCAGGGACUUACGGGUCGAUCGACCUGGGGUACAGCUACGACAGCCUCAUGAGCUCGCUGAAAUGUGCCGGCAGGGGCAGCUGCCUCGAAAAAGGCCUCGCCGACAUGGAGAAGGAGGAGAAGGAAGAGUGGAAGACGAUUGGCGAGAACUCGUCUGCAGAAGCUGACCGCUUUGCCCAGCUGCAAUGUUCGUUUGCUGGCAAUCGUGUGGACACAGAGGACACGGCAAACAACAAGCUACCCGUGUUCACUGACAAAAUCUGGGCGGCAGCCUUGAAGGCACAUGGCAAUGCCGUGGAGGAGCUCCCAUCUAUCUCCAGGCCCUGUCCUAGCUUCCUGCCCUUCGUCGUGGCCUUCUGUGCCUCCGACCUCCGAUGCACCGAGGAGGCCGACUCCGCGGGUGUUGGCUACUUUGGGCCUGGCCAGAUGAGCGUGGCACAGAAGGAGGUGGCAAAGUACAUGCAGCCUUUCGAGAACAGCACGAAGGAGUCUGUGAAAGCCUCGAUCUUCACCGAACGCGAGCAAUUGCCUCGCGAUCGACGGGAACUUGACGACAUGUGGAGUAUGCUUGUCAAAACGAACAUCGACAUGGCUGAGGAAGAGGAUGCCUUCGAAUGGAACCUCCUCUGGCGCACGGCCAACCUCACUGCUGAGCUUGGCUUGAUGCAAACCUGGCCGCGUAUCUUCGGUGCUCUCAAUGGAACUAGCUCUGAGAGCGUUGAUUGGAUUCAGACCCGUCUCUAUUGGGAACGAGUGUUGUUCCUUGCUCUUCGCCGGCUCCGGGCUCGCGAAGCGAAAUCAGGGCCGGCGCACGUCAAGGAGGAUCGAUCUUUGGCAGAUGUCGCCCUCAACUUGCAAAGCAUCUUCGAGACGAAGUUGUGCUCCCCGGGGGCUUUGGGUGGCCUCAAGGAAAAGCAUCUUCGACGACUGGGUGUUCGAGAUGAGGUGGCAUUGGUCGUGCACAGCUUGGACACAGACAAUGUGGUGAAAGCUCUCUGGAAGAACUGGAUGGUCUUGCACAUCAAGUUACGCCCGGGCCAGUCCAAGCGAAGGCUCGUUCUCCUACAGCACCUCCUGAAGAAGCACAGCUGCCGCUGUAUGUGCUACGAUGCCUGUGGAAAGCUCGAGGCAUCUGCAGCGGCCAAUUGCCAGGCCUUGUGGCCCCACGACGACGAGAAGUUCAAGUACUGGAGACCCAUCCUUCGCGUCAAGGAGGUCGUCCUGGACAGGGUCUAUCGACCACGUGCCGCGGUGCUGAAGGAUGCUGACAUCCAGGUCAUCACUCGGCCUGCAUUGGGCGGCUGCGGCACCCGUUUGGAGAUCAGACCGCACCGAAGCUUCGGCAAGGCCCUCGUGGGCUUUCCCGCGAGGUGCAACACGCCGGACCUUUUCCGGGAGAGCAAGCCGAUGGACCUGAAGAUCACACUUUGGUCGAACAAUGACCGAGACGACGAGCCCCUGGAAUGGAAUGACUUCGUGGAAGCAAACCGGCCAGACGCGAUGUGGGGAAACACCCAGGCCGACGACUUUGACAAGUCGUUGUUCAAGCCACCUGAGCCGACGGAGGGUCGUCGGCCAGCAGCUGAGGAGGAUCUCAGUUGGAUCGACAAGAUCGCCGACGAGUACAUUGACGAUGCCAGUGGGUCUCCAGAGCCAGAAGACCUGGACGCUGAAGACAGCGGUGACUUUGACGCCGAUGACUACGCAGACUUGGAUACCGAGUUUCUGGACUCCUUGCUUCCGGAUUCGCCGGUCAAGUCAAGGUAG